AUGUAUCCCGUCGGCCAACCCCCUGCGCCACCUGUUGUGGCCCCAGUGCAAGUUGGUGUACCUGGAGCAAUGGGCGUUCUUCAACCUCAGGCUCCUGCAUUGCAACCACAACUAGUUGAUGUACCAGAUAAAUGUCCUCGAAAAGUCAAUCGUGAAAUUAUUGAAACUAUGGUUCAUGCGUACAGUAAACUUUUUGGUAAUCUUCGACCUGUAUUUGAUGGUCGCAACAACUUAUAUACAAGAGAUCCAUUGCCUAUUGGAAACGAUCGAAUGGAAUUAGAAGUUACAUUGCCCGGGGAAGGUAAAGAUAGAGUAUUCCGUGUUAAUAUUAAAUGGUUAGCUCAAGUAUCAUUAUUUGCUUUGGAAGAAGCAUUAGAAGGCCGCACACGGCAGAUACCAUAUGAUGCUAUUUUGGCUUUAGAUGUAGUCAUGCGACAUCUUCCAUCAAUGACUUACACACCAGUAGGUCGCUCAUUUUUUUCUUCACCUGAAGGGUACUAUCAUCCAUUAGGUGGUGGUAGAGAAGUUUGGUUGUUUUCCACCAGUCAGUCCGGCCAUCUCAAUGGAAAAUGA